AACAAAGAGGAACUCAUUAUGAGUGUGCGGUCACACUAUGCAUAUUAGCUGCCUUGGUUCGGCCAGUCGACUUGUCGUGAUUGUCAUGACGUACCACUACUUGAUAACGAAGUUCAGUCCCUGGUUCGUCCAUUAUUCAAACCGAGUACCAACCGCUUAUUAAUGGCCAGCCAGUUGCUGUGAGCCGAAAGGCAGGCAUCCUGGCGUCUUAAACCAGCUGCGGCAGUGAGAAAAUGGACUUGGUCACUCGGACGCAUCUGGCCUUGGCCUUAGCCGCUACGGUUGUAGGUUUAACUACAAUAAACUUGAUUAACGUGACGAAACCUAGUUUCACAGUUGACUACAUCGGAAAUCAAUUCUUUCUCGAUGGAAAGCCGUUCCGAUAUGUUUCUGGAAGUUUUCAUUACUUCCGGGCCCCGAGAGUCUACUGGAGGGACAGGCUGAGGAAGAUGAGGGCAGCUGGCUUGAACGCAGUGUCCACAUACGUCGAAUGGAGCCUGCAUCAGCCAAAACCAAACAAAUGGAAAUGGUACGGAGAAGCUGAUCUGGAGUAUUUCUUAACUCUUGCCCAAGAAGAGGAUCUUUUCGUUUUACUUCGGCCUGGACCGUACAUCUGCGCCGAAAGAGACUUGGGUGGCUUCCCGACCUGGUUGCUGGGUCUUGUGCCCGACAUUCAACUGCGAACCAGUGAUACCCGCUACAUGAGAUACGUCAGAACGUAUAUCAACGAAGUAAUGAAGAGAGUGCGACCCUUUUUAAGAGGAAACGGUGGUCCAGUCAUCAUGGUUCAGGUUGAAAACGAGUAUGGAAGCUACCAAGCCUGCGACAUAAAAUACAUGACCGAACUGCGAGAUUUGUUUCAAAGUCAAAUAGGAAGUGACGCUCUUCUUUACACCACAGACGGCGAUACAAAUCGAAUGCUUCGAUGUGGUAUGAUACCCGAAGUUUUUGGAACCGUGGAUUUUGGCACUGAGGCAAACGUGACACGAUCAUUCGAAACGUUGCGUCUGUUUCGGCCAAAGGGUCCGUUGGUGAAUUCAGAGUUUUAUCCUGGAUGGCUGACACACUGGGGUGAACCCUACGCGAAGGUAGACAGCAGCAUCGUGGUAAAAAAAAUUGACGAAAUGUUGGCCAUGGGCGCUUCUGUCAAUCUAUACAUGUUCUACGGUGGUACGAACUUCGGAUUUACGUCCGGCGCAAAUACGGGACCUCAAUACGAGCCUCAGAUAACUUCAUACGACUAUGACGCACCCAUUACCGAAGCCGGUGAUCUGACGCUGAAAUACUACGAAAUCAAAACUGUCAUCGCAAAGUAUCUGCCGAUCCCGAACAUAACGUUGCCUAUUCAGUCGUCAAAAGGAGAUUACGGUUCCGUUGUAUUGGAACGAGUGCUGCCACUGUUUCAUCCUUACGUGCGGGCCAUCCUCGGAAUUUUAAAAGCGAAUCAAUUCACACCGCCGACUUUCGAAUCGUUCGAUGAACCGCUUGCCUUGGUUCUGUACGAAACGGAUCUUCCUGAAAAUCGCACCGACCCUGGCGUUCUGGAUGUUAGCUUUAUACACGACAGGGCGUUGGUUUACGAAGAUGAUGUAUUCGUCGGAACGCUGAGUCGGACUCACGGACUCAAGACUGUCUCGUUGUCUCAGCCAUACACGCGACGCUUGGGAAUAUUCGUGGAAAAUCAGGGCCACGUGAAUUUUGGAAGUGAGAUUCACGAUUUCAAGGGUGUUGGCGGUGUUACGUUGAAUGGUCAAACCUUGACUAAUUGGAACGCAACAGGCUUCCGACUACCGGAAAUGAAAUAUGACUUCAAUUUCGGGGCAAGUAGUACGGGUGAAAAUCUGGACCGUCUUCCGCAAUUUCUUUAUGGACUAUUUACCAUUAUUGGCACACCGUUGGAUACUUUUUUGGAUACUACAGGAUGGGGAAAAGGCGUUGCUUUUAUAAACGGCUAUAAUAUUGGCAGAUACUGGCCUGCAGCAGGCCCGCAGAUGACUCUGUACGUCCCUGCGUCGAUCUUAGUAACUGGAGAAAAUAGGGUAGAUCUAUUGGAAUUUGAGUAUCUUCCGGAAAUGCUGACGGUCAGGUUCCAGACUAUCCCAAAUUAAAUUAUAACGAGGAUAAAUACCCAUUAAUGAAUUAAAAUAAUAUUUUUUUGUACUAGACAUCGCUCUCUACAAACAUUCUUAUAUCAUUUGGCGGGACAGAGUUAAUCUCGGCACUACAUAAACAAUUCAUUAUCCUGUUCGCUGGAAUAUUUUGUGGGUACUUUAUUAAAAAAUCUAAUUCUUUCUGUAUCAAUAUAAAACAACACCGAGUACUGAUCUUAAAUAAUUAUGAGUUUGAACAAAUUCAAGCACAGGUGUACUGUUUAAUGAUGAUUACAGAUAUCAUUAUAAAUUUCCAAUGAUUAUCUUGAAUGAUUUUUUAAUUAUGUAUUACACUGCUGUCAGUAUAAGUUGUGGCACUUAUUGUGAUACGUAAUCUAUAUAAAAUAGAAUAAGUCAUAGAUAUAUGGUUACUACAACAUAAAUGGUACAAGCUUAUUGUAUAUUAUAAAAAAAUUAAUUUUCAUUUCGAGUAUCGUCUCAGUCAAUUUGAUACUUAUAAUUCUUAUAAUGAUUUUAUAUUUUUUCAUUCUCCACUUAUAUGAUCAUAAAGACUUGCUAUCAGAUUCCGAUAACCCUUAAUCCAUGUCCGGCUAUAAUUAACAGCAGCUGAAUGGUUUAAUUAUCAUAAAUUAUGCAAAUGAUUCAGAAGCUUCGAGUAUAUCGACAGUUGUAACAUUUAACUAAAAUAUCACCUCGAUUUUUACUCUGUACUGUUCACGAUAUCUUUCGAAACAUGUAAAAAGCUCUCAAUAUGCUUAUUUAAUUUCAAAUAUAAAAAUUUCCAUUUUAUAAGUUCGCAAUGCAGAAAACGCUAGAAAUUGUUUUGGCGAAACUCAUAAUUUUUGUUAUUUCUUCAAGCGAUACGAAGUAAAAUCGAGUUAGAUGAAUUCCCAGAAAAGCAAUUUACAAUUUUUAGGUUCGACCCCUUGACUGGUCUAGGCCUUAAAUCUUACAGUUUAUCACCAUCGUGGACUGUUAAUGUCACUAAAAUAUUCCCCGUCUCACGAUCAACCAGUUUAGUAAAAUUUCACCAACAUUUACAAAAAUUAUUGCUUCGUACAUCGCGUACUUAUUUUAGUAAAGCAUCUGUUCGAUAAGCUGUCCGAUGACCUUUGCAGCAAUAUUAUCAUGAAUUAUAUACCAAAUUAAUGUCAACUAAGAAAUUUGCAACAAUGUAACACUUUUAUAGAUCCAACGCAAACCCAUAUUUUU